CGCAUGCGCCAAUAACUUUGGAACGAUACUUUCUUGCCCGAAAGGAAGAUGGCCGCAGCCUGAAGCUGCGAAAAAUCAGCUGAGGAGAAGCGACGGUUGGGGUAUUCCGCGACCUGCUUUUCUUCUCCUCAUGCAACGCCGGGAUGCUCUGCUCGAGCGGCUUCUUCCGCGGCAUCGAAUGUCCCUACGGGCAGGCCUGCGGGAGGCCCUACUGUCACUUCAGACACCCGCCCGGGGCCCAACACACCACCGAUGGCCCUAUACCGCCUCGACGCCUUUUGGCUCUGUCUGGUCCCAGCAGGCGCCCCGCCACAGUCGGAGGGUCUGGUUAUGACCCCUACAACCCAGAACUUCCCAAACCUGUGGCACAAGACAGCAAUGGCACUUUGGAAAAUAUUGUCUCGUCAGCUUCUGGAAUUCUGGAGCUUGAGCUGUUUGACAAGGCAAUUGAAGCUGCCAAGAAUGAAGUUGAACGUGAGCAAAAGAAGUAUGAGGAGCUGCUGGAGACAACUAAAGAGUAUGGUUCAUCUGAACCCCCUUUACUUGCUUCUAAGGCUGCUGGAUUAGCAACAUCCAAUCCAUUCAGUUCUCUGGAGUAUAGUCCAGGCAGUUAUAAUGCAAACAGUGGUAAUGAUUACAAUCCUACUCCUCUUGCAGUGGCUGCUUCUAGUCAGUCUAACAAAUAUACUUUGGACUCCUUCAACAAUACGAAAUUCAAGGGUAGCUCACUGGAAUAUGUUCCCACUGUGGUCACUCAGCCGAAGAAGUACAGCAGCCCUGUUGUAAAUAGAAAAUACAUAAUUGACAACUCCAAGCCUUCAACAGAUUUAGAAUAUGAUCCUCUUUCAAAUUAUUCUGCCAGACUGUUGAGCAAAGCUAAAGAACAGAAGGGGACCAAGCGGAAGAGAGAAGUUGAUCACGAGGAGGCAUAUUCUCCUUCAUUCAAGAAAUAUUGUGACGAAACAAGCAACGAUGAGCCCAUCGCCCGGUUCUCUGACUCGGAGGAUGAAUGCUACGAAGCUUCUACCAUCCCCCUUAAAUCUAAAGGAGGUUCAGAAAGCAAACUGGGUGCAGCCAAAGAAAAGGGAGCCCCACAAAUAGAUGCCAGUUCCCGACAAAUGAAAGAGACUGCCGUGCAGUAUGACAUGGGAGACAUUGAGAGCCCUCAGAGAACUGCUGUCAAAGAUUUAGUGGAGAAAAAUGCCAAGUUGGUCAAAGUGCCUUCUAACCGAGAUGCGAAAGCAAAGGAAAAGAACAAAGUGGCAUCAAAGGAUAAGUUGAAAAAGAAAAAGGAGGAUGACCGCAAGGUGCACGGUAAGAAAAAUCAAGAUAAAAUAGGGGACAAGGAGAAGAUGAAUGUGAAGGCACAGCACAAAAAUGGGGAAAGGAGUAAGGAGAAACCAUGCAAGUCCCAUGUUGAUAGGCAUGCACUGAAGCUCAAUAAGCCAAAAUCUGUGAUUUCACCUGGAAUUAAGGAGGAGAACUCUGGCAAGAACAAAAAUGUCAGCAAAGCUACUGCUACUGAAAAAUCAGGGACUAGUAGGAAAGAUGGCAAGUUCCAGCCUGUAGAGUUGAAAAGGAAGCCCCAAAUCUCUAGUGGAACUGAACACAAUAAGAGAAAAGACAAACAACCUGCCUUGAAAAGGUCUAAGGAAACAUUGAUCAACUCUCAGGCCAAGAAGGAGGUUAAGCGCAAGGUUAAACAGCGGUCCCUGAGCCAUGUUGAUCUCUUUGGUGAUGAGAGUGGAGAGGAGGAGCAGGUGAGCCAGCGUCCUCUUCCAUUCCCUGAUGUGAGUUCAGACUCGGACAGAGAUGAUGCUGAUUUCUCUUUGCCCUGUGACAAUGGGAUGGCAAAUGUUAAGAAACUCAAGUUAUCCCAGGCUCCUCCUGCUGCUUCCUCUUCCUCCUCUUCUGAUGAUGAGAUUGAUUAUUCUGGCCUAGAGAAGGAUUUGGAUUUUGAGACUGACCCGAUGGAGGAGUGCCUUCGGAUAUUUAAUGAAUCCACCGAUGUCAAAACGGAAGACAAAGGCAGACUAGGAAAACAGCUAUCAAAAGAGGAAGGGGUUGAAGAAAAGUUGACAGAAGACAGUUUAACCACACUCUUUCCUGGACAGAAAAGAAGGAUUUCUCAUGUAAUGAAGCAAGGACAUGUGGAAGUCCCAAGCAAGCCAGUGAUCCGGCCUUACCGGCCCCCAACUGCCCAAGAGGUCUGUUACCAGAGGAUUCAGCUAGCGCAGAAGCAGGCAGCACAGCUGGCCCAGCAGCGGCCACAGCGGCCCCUGCCGAACGCAAACUUUCCUGUGGCACCCCAAAGAACCUCCAUUGUUAUGCAGAAAGGAGAAAGGAAGCGAGUUGCUCAUGUGCCCAGUGUGGCUCUUUCAGCAGUCUCCAAGUUGGUUCCUGGAAAUCUUAAGAAGAUCAUCCCACCUGCACGUGUGGCAUCUUCCAAUGGUCUUGAUGCUUCAGCAUUGAAAGCUCGAACGCUGACUGGGAUGGCAUCUAAAACAACUACCACAGGUGUCCCAAAAAGGAUAGCACAUACUCCCACUCUGCAGAGCACCGCCUUGAAAAGGCCAGUUAUUCCCACAGAAUACGGUGCCAAAGUUCCCACAAACAUCCGUCAGAGGUACCUCAACCUCUUCAUUGAUGAGUGCAUGAAGUUCUGCCCCUCCCAGCAGGGAGCAUUUGACAAGGCUCUUGCUGAGGAGAAGGUGGUGUAUGAGCGCAGCACCAGCCGCAACAUCUACCUGAAUGUGGCAGUAAACACUUUGAAGAAGCUGAGGACUCUGUUGCCCAGCCCUUCUCAGGAAGUUCAGAAGGCCAGCAAUAGGAAAGUGGUUUCUCAUGAAGCUAUGCUAGGAGGGAAACUGGCAGCCAGGACCAGUUAUACACUUAAUCGUUCUACAAGCUUACGGCUAGAAGACCUGACAGGAGCUACCUUGUACCGAAGGCUCAAAGAAUAUGUGCUGACAGAGGAUGAGUUGAAGGAGCAUGGCUAUCCGUUACCCUCUCCCGAGAGACCUGGGCGGGCUUUUGUCUUUGCUGCGGAAGAGAAGAAAUUGACAGAUGGUUCUUGCAGGAUUUGUUGUCGUUGUGGCACAGAAUACAUGGUGUCACCUUCUGGAAAUUGUGUCCGUAAAGAAGAAUGCAUCCAUCACUGGGGGAGAUUGCGCAAGCAAAGAGUGCCAGGUGGCUGGGAAACACAUUACAGCUGUUGUUCGGGAGCCGUAGGUUCACUCGGAUGCCAAGUUGCAAAACAACAUGUCCAUGAUGGCCGGAAGGAAAGUCUGGAAGGUUUUGUGAAGACAUUUGAAAAGUUGCCAAGGGCAGAUGGUCAUCCUGGCAUCUACGCCUUGGAUUGUGAAAUGUGUUACACUAAGCAAGGUUUAGAGCUGACGCGUGUCACUGUGAUCAACUCAGACCUGAAAGUGAUCUACGAUACCUUUGUCAAGCCAGACUCCAGAAUUGUGGAUUACAACACUCGGUUUUCUGGUGUCACAGAGGCAGAUCUGGAAAAUGCAUCGAUAACUCUUCGGGAUGUCCAGGCGGUUCUCUUGAGUAUGUUCAGCACAGAAACUAUCCUGAUAGGCCAUAGUUUAGAAAGUGACUUGUUUGCACUAAAGCUUAUCCACACUAUGGUGGUGGACACAGCCGUUGUCUUCCCUCACCGCCUGGGUUUGCCUUACAAGCGGGCAUUGCGCACUUUGAUGGCGGAUUACCUCAAGCGCAUCAUCCAGGAUAGUGUGGAAGGCCAUGACUCCAGUGAGGACGCCCGAGCCUGCAUGGAGUUGAUGAUCUGGAAGAUCAAGGAAGACGCUAAAGUGAAGCGAUGAUCCACCUUUAUGCUGCUGCUGUUCUCCUUUGCAUUUUGGUCACAGGACAAUAAUGAAGCCUGCAGAGACACGCCUGUAGCCAGCAGCAGACCUUCCCCAGACUGUUCCCCUCUCGGUUCACAGGUGUCCCGAGGAAUUGGGAGCAAGCAACUCCUUUCGCUGGCAAAGUGACGGGCCGCGCCUGCAUGCCAGGCAUUGUAGUCGAGGCAAAAUGCAUUGUGACCCAAGAAGGUCAGCCAUCCCUGUGGUGGGGAAAGGUUUGGAGAUAGUCUCAUCAUAGAAGAUGGGAGUGACUUCAAAAGGCACUGAGUUCCACUAUUCCCUCUUCUUCCCCUCUCCUAUUUAUGGACUUUGAAAGCUAGCUUUAAUUUACUUUUUUUUAAAAAAAUUAAUUUGGGGUCUUGCGGUUGGUCUUGGGCUAUACAAGAAUGGCAGAGAAGGUGAUCACGGACCCUGCUGUGUCAAGAAAGCAAGCUGAAGAGACGAUGAAGAGAUGCUGGCUUCAGUUGAGGGAGGGAAGGUAGGAUCAGGGUUGCCCAGGUGGAAGGAACCUGGCUCAAAGAAGCUGUAUCCUUACACAGGCAAGGGAGAGGUGUGCAUUGCAGAGGAGAUCACUGGCAGAAAAAUAAAGCUAUAGAAAGUUAGGGAUUUCAGGCCUCGGGCCGUGACUCCAGCAGCGCUUUCCUGCUUGGGUCUUGAGACCAGAGAUGCUCCCAAGUGACAAGCUGCUACCAAACUGCAGGAAACAGUCCAGGUGUCUUGGUCUGGGCUGCUGAUAGCAUUUCAUUGAAACUACUGAGGGGGCAAAACUGCCCCCUGACCCCACAUCCCUCCCUGCUCAGGAGUUAUUCAAACUAGCUGCUUCUGCCUUUGGCUGGGGUAGGACUUUAGCCUUUCUGGCUCGAAAACUAGGUUCUGUUUCCUGCAAACAAAG